AUGCCCAACAUCAGGCAAAUCAAGGCAUGCUGUCGGUGUCGCCUCCUGAAGCUCCGCUGCGACAAGACCAAACCGUCGUGCGAGAGGUGUAUCCGGGCCGGAACCAACUGUUCACUUCGCUUUGACGGUUCCGCACAAACAGAAUCAGCAUCGAAUCCUCCUACGGCAGAGAGCACCGCCAUCAGCAACGGCUCUGUGCGUUCGAGUUCCGAUCAGUCGCCAUCUCCAAGUGACAGAUCCGCGCCCUCAUCUGACACUGUCACCACCGAGAGAGACCAAGGCUCAAAAACAGUGAGAAGACGGCAGCGCGCGCAUCUCUCCUGCACACGGUGCCAUCGUCUCAAGGUCGGAUGUGACAAACAACUGCCUUGUUCACGAUGCCGUCGUUCCGGCUGGGGUCGGCAGUGCACAUACACUCAUCGAGUCGAGAAUGACUCGUCAGCAUCAGCGAGCGAUGCGGCACCGGACAUUGGCUUCGUAGAGUCGAAAGAAGAUCCCAGAGACAUUUACACUUCAUGGCAUGCGCGACGCCGAGGCACAACCCAUUGGAAAGCACUUGUACUACGCAUCGAGAGUUCUGCCCUCAAGAUCGGUCAUCUAUUUCAUCAUGCAGAAAACAUCCACCUGGUUCAUGUUGACUGCGCGACGGACAUUCUCCUUCCAAGCAACUUUCCCUUCAAUAGCCCAGGUGCUAUUAAAUACUCGUCGCUCGAUAAAGUCCGCAGUCUCAUCUGCACCUACCGUAACAACUACAUGUCCUUUGUCGACGCCUACUUUUCUCUAUACCAGCCUGUGCACCCCAUCAUCGACCCUGCUCGCUUCAUCGAAGAAAUCAACUGCUUCUGGAAUGAUCCUUCGGAUAUCGACGUCUCCUGGCUAUCCAGCUUCCUCAUGGUUCUGGCACUCGGUUGCUUCGCCGAGACACGGGAUGCGACAUCAACAAUCGAACUUUGUCUAGCAGCCGAGGCUUGCAUGGCCAAGACACCGUUCAUGGUUCGGCCAAGCAUGUCAGUAAUGCGUACCAUGUGCCUCAUGGUCCUUGCUAAGCAACUGGCAAAUGGAUCAUGUUGGUCCUUUGAUGCCAGUUGGACGCUGCUCGGCAUCAUUGUGCGGCUCGCCGUUUGCAUAGGCCUCCAUAGGCCGCCACUUGCUACUCCUGUUGAAGACAAUGCGAUGACUCAAUCCGAUUGGCAAUCCAGUCAAAUUCUAUGGAUAACAAUAGUCUAUUUCUGCAUACAAACAGCGGCGAUUACUGGCAUGCCGUGUCUCCUUUCUUCCGACGACAUCCUUCAAAGAGAUGAGAUGCAAGACGCCCACUUGUCUCAUAUAGAGGAGCUCGGCCCGUGGCUAUCUCUCAGCGAUUCAUUUCCUAUUAUAUGCAAAAUUAUAGCCAGAGUCAAUUCCAGUACCGAAAGGCCUUCGUACGACGAGAUACUCAGACACAACGCCGACAUGAGAAGACUCAUGGCCACCACUUUGGAACAUUCCGGCUGCCGAGGCCCCUUACGUGCCGUCCUUGAUAUUUUCUUCCGCCGCAUCUUGAUGGUCCUUCAUCGCUGCCACGCGUUGCGCCCCAAUGCUCCUACAUUACAUCCGGUUUCGUACUGGGCUUCUCUCGAAUGCAGCCUGGCAAUCCUAGUACAUCACCGCGAUUUCUGCGAGCACAUGGGAAAUCCUGAUAACCGUGACCUAUUAGGCCGUAUGUAUAAGCUCGACUUCUUUGCGGCUGCUCUGACCGCCGGUAUUCAUCUGCUGCUAGUAGAUGCAGUAGAUGCACCACUUGCGGAUGGAUUUUCUAUACCGCCCAGGCAGACAAUCCUCGAAACGCUCGAGACCUGCACAGAGAUAUGGGGCAGGGACGAAGAGAGAUCGAUUUGCUUCCGCGCCGGACACAGAUCAUUGACGCAAAUUCUCUCCAUGCUUUCUGAUAUGGACAAUCAUGAAGUGCCUCAUUCAUAA